AUGUCUUUUCUCAUCUCCCUCUUCAAGCCCCUCGCAUAUAUCUCGCUCCCAUUACUCCUGGUCCGUCAAGUCGCCGUAUCAUCGAUGGUUGGGAGAUACUACGCUCGGGUCGUCGUAUAUGCUGGUACCCUUAUGACAGUGGCCUCAUGUAGUGUCUUCAUUGCUGCGGGAAUGUCGCUUAUUGGUCAAUCUACAAAUGUCAACGCUGUCGUUGCCCGAAUAUUCUACUUUCUCAUCUCACGUUCAUUGGAUCUGAAAAUUUCGGUCGAAGGCGAAGAGCACCUUCAAACGUCUCCUACAGUUCUUAUGGCUAAUCACCAGAGUAUGCUUGAUGUUUUGGUCAUUGGAAGAUUGAUGCCCAAACAGACAGCUAUUAUGUCCAAAAAGUCACUUCAAUUCACUCCCUUAGGCCCUUUCAUGACAAUGUCUGGAACGAUCUUCAUUAAUAGGGGGAACAGUGCAAGCGCCGUCCGUUCCAUCAAUGCUGCAGGAGAGAAAAUGAAACGAAAUAGAACCUCUGUUUGGAUGUUUCCUGAAGGGACUCGGCAUAUGUCAGAAACUCCCGACAUGCUUCCGUUGAAGAAAGGUGGCUUCCAUUUGGCAAUCAACGCUGGAAUUCCAAUCACUCCAAUUGUCACUGAAAAUUAUUGGCAUAUAUACCACAAGGGCCUUUUCGAAUCUGGCACUAUAAAAGUUCGAGUUCUCCCCCCAAUUUCUACAGAAGGAUUGAAUGCCAGCGAUAUAGGCAAAUUCUCGACCCAUGUGCGCGAGGUUAUGCUUGAGGCACUCCGCGAUAUUUCACCAAAGGUUUCUGCAGAAAAAGAAACCCUAGAAUCUCAGAAACCCACAACACAAGAUCCAAAACUAGCGAAAUCUCACGGAGGUCCCCUUGAAAGCGCUGCGGUUUCCAUCAUUGCCGUCUCAGAACACACUGAAGACUUAGUUACGAAAAAAUCCAAUUCGAGUUCAUCGAUCGCUUCAUCGUUAACCUCAUCCGAAAGAAGGAAGGCCAAUAUGAGCGAAGCUGGGACGGAAACUGAAGAGGACGAAGGCAUGAUUUUGGUUGGAAGACCACAUUAA